UCCCUCUUUUUUUCCCCUUUCUUUUUGGGCGAGAGGAACGCAUGAGCGGCGGGGAGCUUUGUGUUACUACCGGGAACCCGUCGCUUGGCCGAUUGCCCCUUUUCUGCUGGAGCGAUCGCCCGCUGGUCGCCCAUUCCCACGACCCUCUUCUUCCAGGUCUGCUCUCCAUGCCGCUGAACAUGCGGCUGCAUCCACUUUGGGCCGCCGUCGGCCUGUUCCUUUCCGCCUUCCCGUUAUUCUAUCUUUUGAACACCAUAGCCGCCUUGCAGAGCCCUUUGGUGACUGCAGUUCUCGGCGUUAUUAUUCUGUCGCCUUUGUUUGUUCUGAUUUAUCUCCCAAACCGCUCCUACGAGGACCCUCUUUUAUACGUGUUCAUGGUCCUUUGCUUCAUUGCUGGAACUGACGCUGUGAUCACUUUGGAGAAAGACGGCUAUAUCAGCCACUUUGCAGAUUUCUACAUCAGAGAGGGUGAGCUGUAUCUGGGCACAGCAUAUGGCAUCAUGAUCUCCUACUGGCAUGCUGCGGUGAACUUCGCCAUGUAUCUCGUCAUGAUUGCAGCCAUUGUUCAAAGAAAGAGUUAUCGGACUGUUGGUCUCUAUUGGACAGGAUCUUUCAUCAUGACACUCAUAGUCUUCCUGCUGGGCAAUGUGAUUGGAAAAUACAGCUCUGAGGUCCGACCAACCUUUCUGCUCAACCUUCUUUACCUCAUCAUACCCAUCUGGGCAGCCAAAACAUUCUUUGCCCAGCCCAAGACCUGCCCUUUGCCAACAGCUGAUCAGGUUGCAGAAGAGCAAAAGAAGAAUCUGCUCCAGCGCCGUAUGGAUUUGGGAUUGGUAGGAUUUCUCCUUUUGGCUGUGGUCUACACACUCUUCCGAGGAUUGGUUGUUCUGGACUGCAGAGCUGAUUCCUGCUUUGAUUACGUUUAUCAGCAAGAACCGUACCUGCGAGACCCAGUGGCCUAUCCCAAGAUUCAGAUGUUGGUGUAUCUAUUUUAUGUCCUGCCGUAUUUCUGCAUCUGCAUCUACGGAUUACUCGUUCCUGGAUGCACAUGGAUGGGGGACUGGGCCUUGGUUUUUGCUGGUGCUAUUGGACAGGCUCAGUUUUCCCACAUUGCUGCUUCUAUUCACCAUCGCACUCCAUUUCCGUACCGCAUCCCAGAAAGAGAUUGGUGGUUUGUUGUCCUGUGCAAUGUAGCCUAUGCGGUGGGCCCACAACUCUUAGCUUACCGCUGUCUCUACAAACCUGCCUUUUUCUGUAGCCCGGUGUCCCAGUCCAAAGACAAGAAGAACCAGUGAAAAAAAGGAAAUAUUGUGCUCAAAUCCAAUGGUGUUACACACAGAUGCUUCCUGGGGAGAACCCCAGUUCUGACAGAGUUUUAAGUAACUUGGGGGUGGGUGGUCCAAACCAUUCUGGGGUUCUUUUACAGCCUCAGCCAACCUUUUUUCUCAUCUGCGUGAUGCACUUGAAGCUGAUUUGAAACGGUGAAAUCAAAAACGUUCAUUUGUCUAUAGCAGAUCCUUUUGAAGUGGCAAACAAAGUUAACACAAAGGCAUGGUGGUUUUAGGUCUUUAAAAACUACACUGAGGUUUUGGGGUGGGGGGGUUCCUAGGAGAUGUGAGAAGAACCAGAGAGAUUUGAAAGCCUUUGAGGAUGUAAUUUGAAGAAGCUGGCUAUCGUGGUGUCCAUUUUUCUUAUUUUUCAUCUGGAAAGGAUGGGUGCUAAUUUGUGAACAAAAGGAACUUGUUCAUAACACAGAAACAGAGACCUGGAACAGCACCAAGAAGUCACUGUUUACAGAAUCAUAAAGGGGAAAAAAAAAGAUUAAUAUAUGACUUUUAAAGA